AUGGCUUGUUAUCGUCUGAAAUGUGACUCACACUUUGUUGUGCAAGAACAUGUUGGCAAGAAGAGAAAUCUGAUGGAUGUUCCUUACGAAAGACCUGAGGAGUUGUUGGUUAAAAGGAGGAGAUCAGAGUCAGGAGAGAAGGACGUGGAGACCAUCAAGCCUGAGACCAAUGUAGAGGCAUCCUCCACUGUCACAAGGAGAGUCGGCGAGGAGAAUCCUUUGAAGAGAAAGUGCAUGGAUGUUUCUCAAGGACCUGAGUCCAGGCCUGAAGGGACAGCAAAAAGGAGCAGAACAGAGACAGAGGAGAACUAUAAGAAGAUGAAAGACAUCAUUUUAAAGCGCUAUGCAGUGGUGGCGCUGAAGAUCAUGUCCAAGAUUCUUAAUGACAAGUACAUCACAAUAAACGGUGACACACGCAGACUCCCCGCUGAGGUGGCGAUUUUGGAACUUGUGUGCAAGCCGCCACGCUGUCCGUAUGUGAUCGAACUGCUAGAUUGGAUCGAGACGCCCGCAGGCAUCAACAUCGUCUUGGAGAGGCCGGACCACUGCAUUGAUCUCUUCGAAUUCUGUAGGCGUGUGAACGUGACUGAAAGUAUGGCUAAAGUCAUCAUGCAGCAAGUCAUUCAGGCUGCACAUCACUGCCGUGCCCGGGGUGUGUUCCACCAUGACAUCAAGGAAGAAAAUAUUCUCAUCAACCCUCACACCCUUGAAGUCAAGCUCAUUGAUUUUGGCUGCGGUGAUCUACAUAAAGACACUCCCUACACUGAAUAUGCAGGCACUCCGAUUUACUUCCCUCCUGAAUGGCUAACCGAAGGAAAGUACGAGGCGGAACCUGCUACUGUCUGGGGUCUGGGUGUCCUCCUGUACAGCAUGCUGUGUGGACACAGGCCUUUUAACAGCUCACACCAGACUGUUUAUGAAAGCCAAUGUUUCCCAGGUCAUCUGUCUAUGUCUUCCUGCAGUCUGAUCAACUGGUGUCUACAAAAAGACCCAAAAAGACGUCCAACACUAGAGCAGGUUAUUGCACACAGCUGGAUCCGAAAUUACACAGUUGCCCCCUGCUGCAGAGCCCCCCUGGCUCUAGGAGGAAUGACUCCAAUCAGCCCUGCAACACUAAACAGUCUUUCACAGGCUGCUGAGGCCGGGAGUGCCGUAUUAAGUUUAAGUGAUAGCUGGCACACAGCUGGGAAGGACUUCAGUACAAUCUACUGUGUCUCCUGGGCACCCCAGGUACGCAUACAAAUGCUGGGUCGUUUCAAGAGGGCUCUCUUCAAGGAGGAAAAGAAGUUCAUCAGGAUAAAGAAAUUCAUACAGAAUUAA